CUCGCGCGUGUUUUGUCCCGCUUCUUGUCGGCCAAUCAGCGUACCAAGUCAAAUGACCUACAGUACGCCCUUUCUUGAAGGUCAUACGAGUCGGCAAGCCGGGUGGUUGUUUCGUAGAUAAAUUUGGUGUUUGGUCACUCGUCAGUUUAGUUGUGUAUCAGCUGCAAACAUGCCUCUCCACAAGUGCUUGGCCCGUAGAAUUUUUGACUCUCGUGGAAACCCUACAGUAGAGGUUGAUCUAGUGACAGACCUUGGCUUAUUCAGAGCAGCAGUUCCAUCUGGUGCAAGUACAGGAGUUCAUGAGGCCCUAGAGAUGAGGGAUAAUGACAAAAAGAAUUAUGUUGGGAAAGAUGUUUCCAAGGCAAUUAAUAAUGUUAAUAAAAUCAUUGUUCCAGAACUUUUGAAACAGAAUUUUGAAGCCACUCAACAGACUGAGAUUGAUGAAUUUAUGCUAAAGCUUGAUGGUACACCAAACAAGUCAAAACUGGGUGCAAAUGCAAUUCUUGGGGUAUCUCUGGCAGUGUGUAAGGCAGGAGCAGCCAAGAAGGGUGUACCACUUUACAAGCACAUUGCUGAUUUGGCUGGAGUUAAAGAACUGGUUUUGCCAGUUCCUGCACUUAAUGUCAUCAAUGGUGGCUCUCAUGCUGGCAAUAAACUGGCUAUGCAGGAAUUCAUGAUUUUGCCAACUGGUGCUAGCACUUUCACUGAAGCCAUGAAAAUUGGUUCUGAAGUAUACCACCACUUGAAAAAAGUAAUCAAGGACAAGUUUGGCUUGGAUGCUACAGCAGUCGGUGAUGAAGGUGGUUUUGCUCCAAACAUCCAGAAUAACAAGGAGGGUCUUCAGCUAAUAAAAGAUGCCAUUGACCAAGCAGGUUAUACUGGCAAGGUAGAAAUUGGUAUGGAUGUUGCAGCAUCUGAGUUUUUCAGAGAAGGGAAGUAUGACUUGGAUUUCAAGAACCCCAACUCGGACAAGAGCAAGUGGAUUGAUGCACAAGAACUGACAAAUCUUUACCUGGAUUUCAUUAAGGAUUUUCCUGUUGUGUCGAUUGAAGACCCAUUUGAUCAGGACCAUUGGGAUGCAUGGACAAACAUUACUGCUAAUACCAGUAUUCAGAUUGUCGGUGAUGACUUGACAGUAACAAAUCCUUCAAGAAUCCAAACAGCUAUUGACAAGAAGGCUUGCAACUGCCUUUUGUUGAAAGUGAACCAGAUUGGAUCUGUGACAGAAUCAAUCAAGGCUCACAAUUUAGCAAAAUCCAAUGGUUGGGGUACCAUGGUGUCUCAUCGCUCUGGUGAAACAGAAGAUACCUUUAUUGCAGACUUGGUUGUUGGACUAUCUACUGGACAGAUCAAAACUGGUGCUCCAUGCCGGUCUGAGAGACUGGCGAAGUACAACCAAAUCUUGCGCAUUGAAGAGGAACUUGGUGCCAGUGCCAAGUAUGCUGGCAAGAAUUUCCGCAGACCUGUAUAAAUAUACAUUGAUGAGAAGAACAUCUGGUAGCCCUUGGUCGAUUUAUGCAAAUGUACUCUUCAACAGUACAUACUGCAAGAACAUGCAUUAGAAUUACUGGCCAUAUAUAGUUUUGCAGACAUUGUUCUAGAGAGUGGGCACUUGUAUGUUCCAAUUAUUUAAUGUUUGUAACAAAGGAAAAGAAUUUCAGAUGUAUGUAACAAUAAAAAGGUGUCUUAGUCUUAUGUAGUUCUGGAGAACAGCUGUAUGAUUGUGUUGAGUUUUGUUGGUAUCCUUUAGAAUUGGUUGACCAUUCAGGAGAAUGGACUUUUGUGUAUUUUGUUGAAAUGGAUCUGUAAAGAGUCCUGUGGUGUAGAAUUAUUUAAUUGUUAAAAAGAAAUAAAGGGACCCAAAUUGUUUCAAGCACCUACCAAUA